UGUGUAAAUGCCCCAAUAUCACCAUCUCACUCCAAAUCCCGACUUGCACCAGGAAAUUUAUUAUAGCAGACAUCGAGGGAGGCCACUGCACGCUACUCCGUGCCCGCAAUUGGGUCCCUAAUAAGCGACUUCGUCCUUGAGGAACAAGCGGAAGAACGGGAGACAGGGCGGGGGUUUCGGUCUAGGACCCCUGCCGAAAGAGAACAGAUUUGUCAAUAUCCGGUGUCGGCGAUACGUUUUAUCCACUGCAAUCCUUUGUGCGGUUCCCAACGUCAAGAACCAAGCAUGAAGCCGCCUAGGAACGGCGAACAUGGGCUGUAGCCCUAACCCUAGCUCCGUGCAGCGGGGCAGCUCUCCGCUCCUUUUCUAUCAGCGUCCGCCGCCGUCACUGAUCUUCAGCGGGAGUGUGCGCAGUGCGCUGCUCGCCCGAUUGCCUGCCACCUCGCCCUAGUUUGUUGGGAAGCUGUCGUCCAGAGCGGUCCCAGCAGGCAACCGCAAUGUUGAUUCCUAAGAAGAACCGGGUGGAGGUCUACAAGUAUCUCUUCAAGGAAGGUGUCUUGUACGCCAAGAAGGAUUACAAUGCCCCAAAGCACCCCGAGAUCGAUGUGCCCAAUCUGCAGGUCAUCAAGCUCAUGCAGAGCUUUAAGUCGAAGGAAUACGUGAAGGAGAACUUCGCGUGGAGGCACUACUAUUGGUAUUUGACCAAUGACGGUAUCGAGCACUUGAGGGCCUACCUCAACCUCCCAUCCGAAAUUGUCCCUGCUACUUUGAAGAAGUCUGCACGCCCCCCCAGCAGGCCCAUGGGAGGUGCUGGAGGGGACAGACCCCCCGGCUGCCCUCCUAGGGAAGGCGAGAGGCCUCGAUUUGGUGGCGACAGGGAAGGCUACCAAAGAAGUGGCGGCCGUGGAGGCGGCUUUGGUGGAGAGAAGGGUGGUGCCCCCGGAGAGUACCGUCCUGAAUUCCGUGGUGGACGAGGUGGCGGUUUCGGUCGUGGGGGCGGUAGCUUCGGGGGCGAUGCUCCUGAUUCCACCACACAGUAGGUCCCUCCUUUUACUUUGUUCUUAAGGCUAUUCCAUCUUUGUCUAUGAGGGGCUGGGAACCAGCGUCGGUUCUGGAACAUGUCUCAGGUGUGAGUUUGUGGACCAGGAAUCGUGUCAUAUUACGUACAACGAUUUCAAUGAGCACUUUCUGAUAACUGCGUAACCAUUUGGGACGGUACCUAUCAUUUGGGACGGCACGAAAAGAUGUAUGCAUCACAUUGCUAACUGAUAUGCUUCAAUUCGGAAGAAAAUAACUAUGUUUGUUUCUGUAUGUUCA